CGUCAAGUUCCGAUCCCUUGAUCACGUGAAACGGAAACGUAAAAAGCCGCUGAUGUAAGCAGCUCCUUCUUACGAAUCCCAAACGUCUGGACCCCAAAUCCCAGUAAGAGCAUAAAAGCUCCGACGUCAAGUUUAGUGCUGACUGGGCAUACUUGGGGGAUAGCUUCUUCAUUUCCUAUUACGGCAAUAUGUGGUCCCUCUGUAAGUUACUUCUCCAUAAACUUGCUCAAUAGCUUUGUAAGUAUGCCAUUUUCAUUAUGUACCUGACUUGCUGUACCACCGAGCCGCCCCACUGCGGGAGCCAUCAGGCACGCAAUCGAGGCCUUGAAUUACAAAUGUGCCACAGGCGCUAUCUCUUUUCUUUAUACGCUAUACACACUCCCCGACGCGUCUCAAUACUUUCUUUCCUUCCACCUUGACAAGACAACAAUCGCACGCUCAAUGGCUUCUCAAACCCUCUCAACCGCCACCUCUGGCCUCCUCUUCGGCGCCGCUCUUUCCGCAGCCGGCGUCGCCUCCCCAUCCAUCAUCAUCUCCCAGCUCCGCCUCGAGAACUUCCACAUGCUUGAGGUCUUCCUGACAGCCACAGCGGGCAGCGCUCUUAUAAUCCACCUCACCAAGCGCGCCGCCCUCGCCCCUUGCCCGCCCCGCUCCCCCGCUGCCUGGGGCUACUUCCCAUACGAUGGCAACAUCGCCGGCUGCCUCCUCCUUGGGGCCGGCAUGGCUCUCACCGGCUCUUGCCCAGGCACCGUCCUCGUCCAGGUCGGGAUGGGCCUGCGCUCUGGCUUCGCUGUGCUCGCCGGCUCGCUGGUCGGGGGUGCCUUGUUUGUUGGAUACUCUGCGGGUUUCCGUCGCGCCACACCGGCGGCUGCGAAGGGCGAGGAGAAGCCGAAGCUGACGUUCGCUCAACGCUGCGGUGUUGCGCACUUUCCGGCCGUGCUGGUAUAUCAGGCCAUCUGUUUGUCCGUCGUCGGUGCGGCAUUGCGCUACCUGCCUGAUGAGCAGGGCAAGCUACUCAACCCCCUUAUUGGCGGCUCGUUGAUGGCUCUGGCUCAAUUGGCGUCGCUUCUUUUGACAACGAACACCCUCGGUGUGUCCUCCGCGUACGAAUCGUUCGGAAAACUCUUCUGGCGCGCUGUCACGCCCUCUUCGUCCCCGUGGCCGUCCGUCUCACCCCUCGUCUUUGCAGCGGGCGUGGCAGGUGGCAGCGCGGCAUUCUGGCGCCUCUCGGGUACUUUCCCCGCCAAAGGAGUCGAGGUGGGAGAUGCAGCAGCAGUGGUGGGUGGUGUACUGAUGGCAAUUGGGUCGAGGGUGGCUGGGGGGUGUACGAGCGGACAUGGCAUUAGUGGGAUGGCUGGGCUGAGCGUGGCGAGUUUCGUCAGCGUGGUUGCAAUGUUUGGGGGUGGCAUUGCGGUGGCUCUUGGUGGGAAGUUUUUGGGAUUCUAGAGUGGACAGCGGUGCAUGGGGUGGCGUUCAGGGCAUGGACGGAUACCCUCUACUUGUGGUGAUGAUACCCCCCGUUUCCGUAGCUAUUAAUUGGCUGUGUGGUGGCUAGCUGGGAUUGACAGCAGUCAAGAAAUUAUACCCGAAUCUGAUAUCCGAUCUGAGACAUGGACUGUGUUUACCUGAUAAUUGGAUAGUCUCUGCUAUGGUGGUGGGAGAGAACGAUAAUCACACACAUAAUUUCCAAUUGCAGAUAUCCGAGUCAGAGCUCGUUAAAGCUUGAGGUUGAUAUAUCCGCGUCGUUGACUUUUCCGCAAAGGGGGGGUUGGCGGAGGAAUGUAUGUCCCUUGGCAAGGACGGGUUCCACUUCAAUGUCUUGAAAAUGACCAAAAGUCUCUCACCCUCGCGGCGCAUACGAGUCUAGACGCAGAGGCGGGGCGCUGUCAUAUAAUUGGACUAAACUUUAAACCCUGGCAUUCACGACCUAAUAUUGACAACGUUGCAUGGAUUUGGAUCUCGCCAAGGACCUAGUGCUGUUGAGAUCUCCCCAUGUUGGAAUCUGAUAUAUUUUCAUGCAUGGUGAACAGGAUUUAUGGGUGUCCUACCCCAUAUCGCGAUUCGGAAUGUCUCCGGCCCUUUUUAACCUCGAUUGGCUUGUCAGUAACUAGCUCACUUCCAUAGUUAGUUGGCAAGCAGCAGGCACUGAGACAGUCUCAUACUGACUUCAAAAUCUAAGACUUUGUAACGGCCCG